AUGGAUAAAAGUUGGAUGAAUGCUUCUCGAAUUAGUCAAGAAUACGAUAAUGGAGUUAAAAAUUUUAUUAACUUUGCAAAGAAUAACCUUCCGGGUAGUAAUGAAAGGCUCCUUUGUCCUUAUAAGAAGUGUUGCAAUCAGAAAAGGUUAUGUGUGAAAGACGUAUAUGAUGAUCUAAUCUGUCAUGUGAUUAAUCCAUCUUAUACAAAAUGGAUAUGGCAUGGUGAAAGCAAUGUGGCUACAACAUCUAACAUGUAUGUUGACAACGAAGAAAAUGAAGAUGAUGAGUCUGAAGAUCAAUUAGAUGAAAUGUUUCGCGAUGUUGGAGAGGAGUUCAUUGAUCGGUCAAGCAAUUUGGAUGAAUUAUUGAAGGAUUCAAAAUUACCUUUAUGGCCGGGUUGUAGUAAAUAUACCCGAUUAUCUACUGUAUUAAAAUUAUUCAACUUGAAAGCUGGGAAUGGGUGGAGUGACAAGAGCUUUACUGCGUUACUUGAGAUAUUAAAGGAAAUGCUUCCAGAUGAUAAUGAACUUCCGAAGAGUACAUAUGAUGCCAAGAAGAUUUUGUGUCCCAUGGGUAUGGGAUAUAAGAAGAUACAUGUUUGCCCUAACGAUUGCAUAUUGUUUAGGAAUGAUUACAAAGAUUUGCAUGCAUGUCCAGUAUGUGGGGCAUCUCGUUUCAAAACAAGAGAGAAUGUUACUGGGAAAGUAAGUUUGAAAAGUCCACCAGCUAAAGUUAUGUGGUAUCUACCAAUUCUCUCAAGAUUUAAGCGUAUGUUUGCUAAUCCAAGCGACGCGAAAAACUUAACACGGCAUGCAGAUCAAAAAAUUUCUGAUGGCAAGCUUCGACACCCGGCUGAUUCUCGUCAAUGGACAACAUUUGAUAAUGCAUUUCCUGAAUUUGGUCACGAGCCGAGAAAUCUUAGGCUUGGACUUUGUACUGAUGGAAAUGAUAUAGAUGUCUUUUUGGCGCCUUUGAUUGAAGACUUGAAAAGUUUGUGGGAUGAAGGUGUGUUAGUGUUUGACGCAUACCGAAAAGAGAGUUUUAAGUUGCAUGCAGUGCUUUUCUGCACAAUCAAUGACUUUCCAGCUUGUGGAAACCUAUCUGGAUAUAGUGUCAAAGGACAUAAGGUAUGCCCCAUAUGUGAAGAUAAUACAUGUUAUCAUCAACUUGUUCAUGACAGAAAGACAGUUUACAUGGGGCAUCGGAGAUUUCUAGAUAAAUCUCACCCUUAUCGAAGAUUAAAAAAAGCUUUCAAUGGGGUACAAGACUAUACAGAUGCUCCACAACCAUUAACUGGGAUUCAAGUUUAUGAACGCGUAGAGUGUAUCAAUGUUACUUUUGGUAAGACUCAAAAACUUAAAUCUCAAAGAAGUAAGAGAUCAAAAUCUAAUGUUGAUGUACCAUCAAAUGAGAAGAGUCCGUGGAAAAAGAAAUCAAUAUUCUUUGAUCUUCCAUUGACUUUAGCUGAUCCGGAUCCUCUGAGUAGAACAUGCUUAAAGGCAUACAAGAUUGCUUGUAGUCUUGAACACAAUGUGGUGACGCAAAUGCCUCGUGGUGUUGUGGGUAAAAUUGAUUAUGAAUUACAACUUGAGAGUUUGGAAAUCAUGCGCUUAUUGAAUAUGGAUACCUUAGAUAUUUCUAUUAUUCAGUUCUUUAUUAGGUCUUUGAAGGCAACAAGCAUAAUAGGUGGAAAGAAAACAAGUCGUCAAGUAAAAUGGAUUACAUGUUCGCUUUUGGAGAGACAAGGAAGAUUGUCAUACAAUCAAAAAGAAAUUGAUGAAGUUAGAGACAUAUGGUGCCAAUAUUUAGUUGAUGAAUGGGUUGAUAGAUUACUUCUUUAG